UGGAUCAGGACGGGAGGCAAACUGCAUUGGAUAAUCCAGAAUGUUGGAUAAGUGAAUGUUGGUUGAAAGCAUGUGUCUUUCAAUGCCAGCGUGCCAUUACCAAAGUGUAUGUAGCUGCAUUUACUUCGCUCUAUGGCAGUUGUUCUCAAAAUGGGGUCCCCAAAUGUUUUUGGCCUACAACUCCCAGAAAUCCCAGCCAGUUUAUCAGCUGUUAGGAUUUCUGGGAGCUGAAGGCCAAAAACAUAUGGGAACCUCAGGUUGAGAACCACUGACAUAUGCAAAGUCACUGCCCAGUGGAUUAAAUGGAGUCAAAGAUUGUCCAAAAUUAUUUCUGGGUUGCUGUGUUUUCCGGGCUGUAUGGCCAUUUUCGAAAAGCAUUCUCCCCUGACGUUUCACCCACAUCUAUGGCAGGCAUCUUCAGAGAUUGUGAGGUCUGUUGGAAACUAGGCAAGGGAGGGAGGUUUAUAUAUCUGUGGAAUAAUGUCCAGGGUGAGAGAAAGAAAGAACUCUUGUCUGCUUGAGGCAAGCGUGAAUGUUGCAGUUGGCCAGCUUGAUUAGCACUGAAUGGCCUUGCUGCUUCAAAGCCUGGUUGUUUCCUGCAUGGCGGGGAAUACUUUGUUGGGAGAGGUUAGCUGGCCCUGAUUCGACAACACACUGGCCCUGAUUGUUUCCAUUAUGGAAUUCCUGUUUUCUGUUUAUGAUGGUUUCAUGACUCCAUGUUCCAUGUGGACAUCAUAGAUAAAAGAAACGUGCUCUUGGGCUGUUUUAUCCUGGCCCACUGGAAUAAUACAAAGCACUACUUCUUUUGAAAAGAUCCUUUGCAGCAUUCAUGUAGCCAAAUAUAGGGCUCUUACCCUAUGGUUGUAUGAACACAGUGAUAAGUUUGCCCAGGCCUGCUCUCUGCUCCUGAACCCGGUGAAGGCAAAAGGCCAGGCCUUCCUGUCCUCCUUUUCCCUCUGCUCUCCCAAAAUAACACUAAACGUUUUUCUAUAGGGGUUACUAUUACUCUAGGAAGGCUCUCCUCACCCUGCGAGGCCAUGACGACGCUAGCAACUCGAUCGUGAGAAAGCUCCGCCCCUUCGUGGAGAGCAGGAAGGAGCUGCUGGGCCCGGAAGCGGAAAGGCAGGGCUCGUGAGCCGUUGGCUGAAGCAGUCUCUCGUGCUGCCUUCUCCGCUUGGCAUUACGCAGUCACUUCCCUCCGCCCGCUCAGGGAAGUUAGAAGAUGGAUAUUCGACCAAAUCACACUCUUUACAUCAAUAAUGUUAAUGACAAAAUUAAAAAAGAAGAACUGAAAAGAUCUUUAUAUGCACUAUUUUCUCAGUUUGGCCACGUAGUGGACAUUGUAGCUCUAAAAACAAUGAAAAUGAGAGGACAGGCCUUUGUUAUAUAUAAAGAGCUUGGCUCAUCCACCAAUGCCUUGCGACAGUUACAAGGCUUUCCAUUUUAUAGCAAACCAAUGCGCAUUCAGUAUGCAAAAACAGACUCUGAUGUAAUUUCUAAAAUGCGUGGUACAUUCGCUGAUAAGGAGAAGAGAAGAGAGAAAAAGAAAACCAAGUCUUUGGAACAGUCGGCCAAUGCUGCAAAAAAGCCAAACCAGGGAGCAAAUCAGAAUUCAGCGAACACCCAAGCAAACUCACAGAACCAGCAGGUGCCUGAUAAUCCACCAAACUAUAUACUUUUCCUCAACAAUUUGCCAGAAGAGACAAAUGAAAUGAUGUUGUCAAUGCUGUUCAACCAGUUCCCUGGUUUCAAAGAAGUGCGUCUGGUCCCUGGCAGACAUGAUAUUGCGUUUGUGGAAUUUGAAAAUGAAGGUCAGGCGGGAGCAGCCCGGGAUGCCCUCCAAGGAUUUAAAAUCACCCCCUCACAUGCCAUGAAAAUCACUUAUGCAAAGAAGUGAUGGAAGUGACCUACAAUCUUCAAAGGACUAACUCUCAUUUUUUCUUUCAAUAUGUUAUGGGUUUUUUUGAUAACUUGAAGUUCAGUUCCUUUUUUGUAAGGGAAAUAUAUUGAGUAGAGUUGUUGGAAGUCAGUAGACAACUGUAAGAAUUCUGAAUACAUUCAAGGAAUGCUAACUACAGAUGAUGGAAAUUUUGUUUAUGUAUAUAGGUCAGUGACCUUACGUUCUGCACAAUAAAGUUGCCUAUUUGUAAAGAAUGCUGCAUUUUAUUUCCUGAUACAGUAAGGAAUCCGUGGGGCAGUCUUACUUUGUCCAAAUUGUUAUGUAGGAAUUACAUGGAAACUGGAUGUUCUUGGAAAAUGCUAGUAAUAUAUUCUAGUAAUAUUGGUUAGACCUUGUCUGGAAUACUGUGUCCAGUUCUGGGCACCACAGUUUAAAAGAGAUAUUGACAAGCUGGAACGUGUCCAGAGGAGAGAGACUAAUUAUCAAAGGUCUGGAGACCAGAAUCCCUUUGAGGAGUGGCUUAAAGAGCUGGACAUUUUUAGCCUGCAGAAGAGAUGGUUGGGGAGAGACAUGAUCGCCAUAUUUAAAUAUCUGAAAUGAUGUCAUAAGGAAGAUGGAGCAGGCUUGUUUUCUGCUUCCCUGAAGACUAGGGCUCAAUUGAGCAAUGGUUUCAAAUUACAGGAAAGGAGAUUCCACUUGAACAUUAGGAAGAACUUCCUGACUGUAAGACCUAUUCAGUGGAACUCACUGCCUCGGAGUCUGGAUGGCCAUCUGUCAGGGUGCUUUGUGCUUUUCCUGCAUGGCAGGGGGUUGGACUGGGUGGUCUGUGUGGUCUCUUCCAACUCUAUGAUUCUAUGAAAUGCCAAUCCUGUGAAAAGUUAGAGGAGACUUAUGUUUCCAAAGCCAUUGUACUGUAUCCUAUUCAUUGAUGUCUUUUAACUCUGCCCUGAUGGCUGCAGCACAUGCACCACUUGCAGAAAUAUCUUAUUUUCCCUGAGGCCUGUGACAGCAAGAGUUCCCCAACGCUGCUGUAGAAUGUGAUUUGACUACAUAUGAUGACCUGAUUGGAGGCUGUAACUGUCAUGUAGCUUGCUUAGAACAAUAAAGUAAUGUUUUCCUUUC